AUGCAAUAAUAAUACUAAUCAAAUAAGUUAACUAUUGUUGAAGACAUGCUUUGGAAAUACAUCUCUCCAGACCUUUUUAUUAGUGGUUCAGAAUUAAUAAACUUUGAUUCCUAAUUUAUAUGUUACACAUUAAUAGAAUUCAAUCAAGAAGGAUAAGAAAUUACAUAAUCUAUAGAUACAUUUAAAACUAUUGUUUUAUUUGAGAAUUUUUAUUCUAUUCCUCUUGGAUUAUUAAGUGCUCUAAAAACUAUGAUGAAAGGAGAAUAAGCAUUUUUUGAGAUUAGUGAAGUUUAUGCUUUAACUUAAAAAGAAAUAGAUAUUUAUACAGACAAUAUGAUACCUUUAAAAAUGUAAAAAAAAUUAUACUGGUUAUUAAAAAUAGAAAAUGUAUUUGAGUAUAAGGAUAUUCAUAAUUUUAACUAGUAAUAAUUAGAAUUCUAUAUUGAAGAUGUGAGAAAGUAUGCUGGGAUGAUAUUUCAAAAAUAACAUUAUAUUUAAGCUAUAUCUAUAUAUUAAUUGAUUUCCAGAUUAAAAAUGUAAGAUAAGAAUUAAGAAUUUUGGAAGAAGAUUUCAAAGGAAAUAAGUAAAUCAUUUUCAAAUAGAGCAGUUUGUUAUAUAAAAUUAAAAGAAUGGUGUAUGGCUGAUUAGAUGUGUGAUGAGGCUUUAAACUUCGAUAAUGAAAAUGAAAAAGGUAGGGUAUCAAAAGUAAAAUAGCAUUAAUGAUAAAAGGGAGAGCAAAUUAUGAAUUAAAUGAUUACGAAUCAGCUCUUUAAUUGUUUAAUUCAAUUAUGAUCUAAUUUCCUAAAUCAGAG